CCGCCGCCGCCGCCGCCGCAGCGCUACUACUGCCACCAGUGCGACUGCGCCGUCCCCAUCCCCGCCCCGGCCUCCCCCGACGACGACGUCUUCUGCCCGCUCUGCGCCGGUGGAUUCGUCGAGGAGCUCCUCGACCAAAACCCUAGUUCCCCACCGCCGCCGCCGCCUUCGCAGUCACCCUUCUUCCCCUUGUCCAGCUUCCUCGACCUCCGCCACCCCAGCGACCUCGCGGGCGUCCUCGGGCCCCCAUCUCCGUCCGCGCCCCGCGCCUCCGCCUCCGCCUCCGCCGCCCAGUUCGACGUCACCGACUUCCUCCACGGCCACCUCGGCGGCAUCCUCUCCGGCGGGGCCACCAUCCAGAUCGUCCUCGAGGGCUCCUCCUUCCCCGCCGGAGCAGUCUUCGGCGGCGGCGGCGCCGGGGGGCUCAACCUCGGCGACUACUUCAUGGGAUCCGGCCUCGAGCAGCUCAUCCAGCAGCUGGCAGAGAACGACCCCAACCGCUACGGCACCCCGCCCACCGCCAAGGCCGCCGUCGCCGCGCUCCCCGACGUCGCCGUCUCCGCUGACAUGAUGGCUGCUGACGGGGGCGCCCAGUGCGCCGUCUGCAUGGACGACUUCGAGCUCGGCGCUGCUGCCAAGCAGCUCCCCUGCAACCACGUCUUCCACAAGGACUGCAUCCUCCCCUGGCUCGAACUGCACAGCUCCUGCCCCGUCUGCCGUCACGAGCUGCCCACCGACGACCCCGGCUAUGACAACCGCCAGGCCUCUGCCGCUCCUGCCGCUGCGGCGCCGGCAUCCCCUGGUGCCCCUUCGCCGAGGGUGAUGGAGAGAAGGUUCAGGAUAUCGCUGCCUUGGCCUCUCAGGGCCGCGUUCGGUGGACAUGCCGCCGAGAGCGGCGAUCCAGGCAGCCAGGACGCCGCCGAUGGUUCUGGAGACAACAACAACGAUGCACAUCGCUCCUACGAUGAUCUCGACUGAAGUGCUUGCAAGAAAGAGGGGAACCGAGGGAUGACGAGGGUCGCUGCCAGGAAGAAGUGGCCGAUGUCUGGAUGAAAUAGGAGUCGACCUGAAAGGAAGACAAGACUUUAUUGUUGGAUGCUUUUUGGUGUCACUGUCGUCUGUUCCCCUCUUGUGUGUAGAGAAGAACUAGAGAGAUUCUUUUGUUGCAUCUUCCUUCCUGCUUUGGUGGGCUGAUGACUGUACUGGAAGCUCAUUUCUGUUAUUGCCAAGGAAGUGCCAACCCUGAAACCUCUAUAUAUACAUGCACUGAAGUAUGAAUCAAUGUCUGCAUAUGAAAAUUGUUAUACUGCUUUUAGCGAUUGCGAAUACAGAGUCUAUAGUAGGUGCCCA